GGGACGUUGGGGCACUCUGCGGGUCCCUCGGGCCCUAGCUCAGGAUCAGUUUGAAUGAGCUUCGACAGAGACCGGCCGGCUGGGCUGGACGACCGCAAUGGCCCAAGCGAAAUCUAGAUCUGGAUUUUCCGGCCACCGAGCCCAGGAUUCCAGAUCCGGGUACACUCGGCCUUCGAGGAAGCGCACGAGGAAGAUAUGAGAAAAGGACCUUUCUCAGCUUCAGAAUCCCCACCCAUCUUGAAGGCAUCAGGAGGAUACCCCUGAGCUCCCAGAAAAGAACAGCCAAACCUCACCCCAUACCCCAGCUGACUCUUGUCUCAGGUGGACAUGGCCUGCAGGGGCCACACUCAACCCAAGGGCCUGGCCUGGGCCCUAGGACUGACCCUGGCAUGGAUCCUGCUGGGAGCCUGUGGAGGAAGCCACCCACUCCCAUCUAUGUCCCAGAGACACCAGAGGCUGGCGACUGAUCUUGGCACAGGCCAGCUGCACCUCACAGAGAUGGACACGCCAGAGGCAUCGGACCCUGCGAUGGUCCCAGAACGCUGUGGGGACCCGAGCCCCGGGUGCGAAUCCUUUCUGGGACACCUCCAAGUUGCCCUCCACAGUCGCUUCCGCCUGCUGUUACUGGGGAUACGCCAGGCGCAGCCGCUCUGUUCCGAGCUCUGCGAUGUCUGGUUUGCCACAUGCGAAAGCGAUAUUACCUGCGGCCCGACUUGGCUCCCACUCCUAGAAAAGAGGGGCUGUGAGCCUGGCUGCACUACCUAUGAGCAGACCUUCGCUGACGGGGCGGACCUUUGCCGCUCUGUUCUGGGCUACGCGCUGCCGGUGGCAGCUCCUGGCGCCGGUCACUGCCUCAACAUUUCCAUCUCGGUACUGCCGGGUUCCAGACAAGAGCGGAAAGCCCGGGAAAUCACCUUCCCGCGUUCCCGCCGCUCACGCACCUGGAUCCCGGAUGCUGCCGGCAGCGGGAGUGGCAGUGGAAGCGGCAGCGGCCCCUAGGGGGGCCAGCCCUUGGAUGGGAGAUGAGACCCUUCCCCCGAACCCGCCCCUCAAGACACCCAGAGCUCCACCUCUCUCCCGCUCUGCCUUCUAGUUUCCAGAGUCCUGUCCCUUCUCCCUGGAGACCCAGAGAUUCGCCCUUCUCCAGAUGAUUAGAGAAAUAAUCCAACUCUAGCUCCUCUUCCUCUCUCCCCCCUGAAUAAAGCCGCCAACUAGAGCUCUGUGAUGUGGCCGCUUCUUGGGGAACUGGGUGGCAAGAAUAGCUGCCAGAAAGUGAUAGGUAUCUCACUUCAAAUCCUCAGGUCCCAGAGUUAGCAAGUGAUUCAC